AUGGGGGGCAACAUAGGGCUGAUCAGCACAGAGGGUCACGGCACCACGCUGCACGUCGCUCUGGCCAUGCCUUUUGCUGCUGCCACUGCUGCUGUUGCUGUGUAUGGCAACUCUACUUCAGCCCGCACGAAUGUUCCUGGGCCGGCGACGACUUGUGCUACUUCUUCCUCUACUGCUGCGACCGAUGACACAGCUGUGCCAAGGGUUGUGGAGAUGAAUAGUGUGAGGGAUUGUUUGAAGGAGCUGCUGCAGGGCAAGGCAAUUUUGCCCUUCUCCUUUCCCCCCCCAACUCCGCCCCUGCGUUCUCAUCCCCACUACACCCACCCUGCAUGCCCCUCGUGCCUGGCUGCACCAGGUGGUAGACAGCAACGCUAUCAACUGCAUGCCAUCUCUGCCCUCCAUGCUCAUCCCCUCUCUCACACCCGUCCCUGUACCCCAUGUGCUGUGCAGGUGGUGGACAACAACGCCAUCAGCCGGCGGGUGGCAUGUCAUUUCCGUCCUUCCGUUCUCAUCCAAUUCGGGGCUCUAUUGGACCUACCCAUGUGCUAUGCAGAUGGUGGACGACAACUCCAUCAACCGGCGACAAGAGCAUGGCAUCUCCAUGCCUCCGUUCUCAUCCCCUUUCAACCCCGCUGCAUGCCCUUGGCUCUGCCUGUGCAGGUGGUGGACGACAACGUGAUCAACCGGCGGGUGGCAGCGAGCACGCUGGCGCAGUACGGGGCGGAGGUGGCGCUGGCAGAGUCGGGCGAGGCGGCGCUGCGCCUGCUGUAG